AUGAAGCUAGCUCUUUCUUUCAUCCUGUUACUCCCAUUCUUGUCGAUUGUGGUAGCAGAAAAUGUUACGUACGACGGCCGGUCGCUAAUCAUCAAUGGCACUCGUCGCCUAAUCGUCUCGACUACCAUUCAUUACACUCGAAUCAUGCCCGAGAUGUGGCCAGAGGCCAUCCGAUUAGCCAAAGAAGGAGGGGCGAAUACGAUCGACACGUACGUGUUCUGGAAUAUUCAUGAAAUCGAACCUGACAUCUAUAAUUUUGCAGGGAGAAAUGAUCUAGUGAGAUUUGUGAAGCUAGUCCAGGAGGCUGGGCUGUUUCUGAUGCUUCGUAUUGGCCCAUUUAUUGGUGCCGAAUGGAACUACGGGGGUAUACCAGUUUGGUUGCACUAUAUUCCAGGGACUGCCUUCAGAACAGAAAGUGCUAGCUUUAAGUACUAUAUGGAGAAAUUCGUGACGUACAUAGUGAACAUGAUGAAACGAGAGAAGUUCUUUGCAUCACAGGGAGAGACGGGUCCCAUUAUCUUGGCUCAGAUCGAAAACGAGUACGGGCACUUGCAAGGAUUCUACGGGGUGGGGCAUAACUACAGUGAUUGGGCUGCACGAAUGGUCGUCUCCAAGGACAUCGGUGUGCCUUGGAUCAUGUGUCGAGAAGGGGAUGCUCUAGACCCCGUGAUUGAUACUGUUAACGACUUCUACGGUGACUAUUACCACCCAAAUUCUGUAAAUAAGCCCAAAAUCUGGACCGAAGCCUGGACUGGAUGGAUACAAACACAUUAUGAACCGGUCUUCCAUAGGCCAACUCAAGAUCUUGCAUUUGCUGCUGCUCGUUUCUUCCAGAAAGGCGGUAGUGUAAUAAACUAUUACAUGUUCUACGGCGGAACAAAUUUUGGUCGAACCAGUGGUGGCACUAGCGCUAACAAUUUUGCCGUAAUAACGAGUUAUGACUAUGAUGCUCCAGUUGAUGAAUAUGGCUUGUUGAGGUAUCCAAACUAUGGGCACAUUAAGGAAUUCAAUGAAGCUAUCAAGCUAUGUGAGAAUCCCAUCUUGACCGCCAAACCCACCCAAAUCUCACUCGGUCCGCAACAAGAGGGCGCGGUCUGGAGCAAUGUGGCGUCUGGAGAAUGUGUUGCGUUCCUUGUCAAUGUGGACGACAAGAAGGACGCGACUGUAGUAUUUCGAAAUGCCUCGUACCACCUCCCACCUUGGUCUGUCAGCAUUCUUCCUGACUGCAAGAAUGUGGUGUUCAAUACCGCCAAGGUGAGUUCCCAGACUACUGUGCCUGAAAUGGUGCCCGAGGAUUUGAAGCCAUCUCCAGAGCAAUGCAUGGAGGAGAACGAUGCUGGUGGAGAUUCUUCUUCGUCAUUGAAGUGGCAGGUGUUUGAGGAGAAAGUUGGGAUUUGGGGCGAACCUGAUUUCGUCAAAAAUGGUUUCAUGGAUCAACUCGCUGCCACUAGAGAUACUACUGAUUACCUCUGGUACACCACAAGCAUUGAUGUCAAUGAAAAUGAAGGAUUCCUGAAGGAUGGAAGCCAAGUAGCUCUUGAGCUGCAAUUCCAGACCCACUGCCUCCAUGCAUUUGUCAAUGGGGAGUUCAAAGGUACUUCAACAGGUGAUGCUACAAUCCCUAUAGUCCUGAAACCAGGGAGGAAUGACAUCUCCAUAUUGAACACAAUCCUUGGGCUACCUUCUGUAGGCCCUUUCUUUGAGUGGAGAAGAGGUGGACCUAUAAAUGUGAAGCUUGCAGGUUUCAGAAAUGGGACUGUAAUAGACUUGUCUACAAGUAGCUGGAAGUACCAGAUUGGUUUGGAAGGAGAACACCUAGGGAUAUACAAACCAGAAACCACCAACAAUGGGACAUGGAAGCUCCCUCCACAAGUACCCAAGAUGAAGCCUCUCACAUGGUACAAGGCUACUGUGGAGGAACCAUCAGGGAAUGAUCCAAUAGGGCUGGAUAUGAUCAGCAUGGGCAAAGGCUCUGCCUGGCUGAAUGGACAGCAGAUUGGGAGGUACUGGCUCAAGAGAAGCAACAGAGUUGGAACCUGUGUUGGCCAUGUUGAAGAAUGCGAUUACAGAGGCCAAUAUGCUAGGGAGAGAUGCACAACUGGUUGUGGUGAACCUGCUCAAAGAUGGUACCAUAUCCCGCGGUCGUGGUUCAAGCCCUGUGGCAACACCCUGGUGGUCUUCGAAGAGCAAGGAGGAGACCCGACUCGACUCAAGCUCUCGAAGCGUAGAAUCUCGACCGUCUGCGCUUCUGUUGCUGAGGAUUACCCUAACUUGCAAGGAAAUGCCACCGUGCAUCUCAAGUGUCCUAAAAAUAGACACAUCUCUCGUAUUCGAUUCGCCAGUUUCGGGACACCAACUGGGUUUUGUGGGUCGUUCAAGAAAGGAGAUUAUCAUCAUCCAGAUUCGGCUUCCGUUGUCGAAAAGGCUUGCUUGAACAAGAAUGGAUGUGCCAUACAAGUUUCAGAAGAGAGCUUCAACAAAGGAAUGCUUACUGGUGCUACCUCAGCCACAAUGAGACUUGCAGUGGAGGCAACCUGUGGCUCAAGCAAAGGGAAUUUAAGGUCUCAAAUGACACAGACGAAUUAA